CUAUUUUCCAGCAAAAAAAAAAAAGUUUUAAUGAAUAAGUCAUUUUCAAGAAUUCCUUCUGUACUUAAGCAAUGCAGGGUCAGUCGUCUUUCACAAGCCAAGCAAUCGCUUAGAUCCAGCCAUUUAUUCGUUACACCUGCCUUAGUCGGCUGCCAACGUCUUGCAAAGUCAUCCGUUGGAUCAUUCCAAGUUCAGUCCAAGUCAUGGAAUAGUACUGUCAGUGAAGUCGCUGCCAGUUUAGGUGAUUGUCCCGGUUGUGGUGCUCCUUUCCAAAAAGUAGAUUCAGCAAAGCCAGGUUUUUUGACCGAUCGAAAGAAAUCCAACAAGGACAUGAAGAAGCAAGGCAAGACCAUGAGUAAUGAAGAGUACAAAUCUGCCGUUGCUGAUCUCGAUCCCGAAACAAGAGCUCUUUUGGAGGGUGAGGAGAUUGUCGAGGAGGAUAUUAAGGAAACACAUCAUCAUGAAGAACGUAACGUCUGUCAACGUUGUUAUGCACUCCAACAUCAUAAUGCCACCACCACAGAAUCAACACCAGCAUUCUUAAGAGCUUCGCAACAAUACGGUUCUUUGGAAUUUUUAAAGACGAAGCAGGAUCCCUUGAUUGUCACUGUGUUUGAUGUGACAGAUUUACCUGCCUCUUUGGGUAACUUGCCUCAAUUAAUCGCAAAGAAUCCCGGUGCUCGUAUUUUAUUAGCUGCUAACAAGAUGGAUAUUCUACCCGCAUCCGCUAGAAAGCAUGAGCAACGUAUACGUGAUUGGAUUGUUCAACAUACAAAGAGCUUGGGAUUACCAACAAACCAGAUCCUCUCUGUUACAUUGAUCAGUGCUAAAAAGGGAUGGGGUAUUCCUACCUUGAUGCGUAAGAUUGACAGAGAGAGACGUCCCACUGAUGAUGUUUACUUGGUGGGUUGUACCAAUGUAGGAAAAUCUGCCCUUGUCAACCAAUUCAUGUCGCAAAUUAGAGGUACAUUGGACGCUGAAGGUCGUCGUCUCAAGUCCCAAUUAAAGGCACAGUAUAAAAUCACAAGUUCAGCAAUCCCUGGAACAACCAUGGGUACUAUCAAAGUACCUUUAUAUGCUUUGGGCAUAGAUUCAGCCGAGGAAGGUGAAAAUAAAGACAAUUGGGAAAAGCGUAAAUAUGCCACUCGUAAUAGAUAUUUGAUUGAUACGCCCGGUGUUAUCAAUGACCAGCAAUUAAUCCAUCAGCUUGGAUAUAAUGAUCAAAAGAAAGCAGUGGGACAAAAAGAAAUGAACCCUGUCACAUUCAAAUUGGAGCCUGGAAAAUCCUUAUUAUUAAAACCUUUAGUACGUAUUGAUCUUUUGGAAUCCAGCGGCCCCGUCAUGUUUACCAUGUUCAGUCCCCUCGCACCUCAUUUAACAAGAACAGAAAAAUUACCAGCAGCACAUGCUCUCGAGGACAAAACAAACAACUUGCGUCCUGUCAAGGAUGAAAGUAUUUUGAGAAUGAGUUCUUUAGUACCCAUGGAUGAAGUGAUCCGUGUCAAUGGUAUCCAUCGCUCUCAAGCGUCUGUUGAUUUCAGUUUUGCUGGUGUAGGCUGGGUUUCUUUAACUGGUGAAUUUGAUAAUGCCAAAUUCAGAGUUUGGUUACCUAAAGACGUAAAGGCUCACGAAGCAUUCCAAAUGCGUGAUCCUCCUUUCUUGCCUUUCGAAUACAAGGGCUCCAUCAGAAAGUUCUUUGGUUCUGGUGAAAGAACUCGCAAGUAAAUAUCAUUAGACUUUAUAUCCUCCU